ACACUCUGUUUCUGUUUCUUUUUCUUUUAAUAAGAGAUUCAAAUCGCUUGUUUCUGUGUUCGAUUUCAGUUCAAAUUGAAGACAUUGAGUCUUGCGUCUUUGUGGGAUUUAUUCCCUACACUUUUCCUGCAAAGGAACGAAAGAACAUAUUCCCAAAUUAAAGUUUACAGUUAAAAACUUGACAACUUGGAUAUGAGUGUGUUGGUCUUAGUUACCUACCAUGUGUUUGAGAUUCUCUCUUUAUCUUAUCCAUGGUUUAUAUAUAUAUAUAUAUAUACACACUUGUUUGGUAUAGUUUCAUUGAUUGAAUGUGUUAGCAGAUUCUAAAUGCUUUGAUGUCAAUUUUGGAUCUUUGCUAGUUGGUUGACAUCUCUGAAUAGGUGUAUGUAAAUUUGAUUUGAGCAAGCUCCAUCUCUGCUCAGGUUUCGUCAUAACUUGUCUCUUAAGGUAUGUUUUUUCUUACAUGUGGCAUAGAUUGCAUCAAUCCAUGGACGUUGACGAAAGGAGGAUUUCAUCUGGCUAUGCCAAGCCUCCUUGGAUAUUCAAAGGAAGUGCAUUGUACCAGAUUCAUUUAGUGAAAGCUGAAAAUGCUCGAGCAUUCAUACCCAAGGAGUUUCGACUAGUUGAAGCUUUUGGAUAUACGCUUGGCGGGUUUUUCCUUGCUAGCUAUGAUGAUAGCCCUGCUGGUGUCUUUGAUGAGCUUGUCGUAAUUGCAGGGAUUGUAUGGAACCCUCCUACAUCGUGCGCAUGGGCUGCGAGGGUGCUUGUGAACAGUGAUGAGGCUUGUCAUCAUGGACGCAAGAAAAUCACUGCAGUUCCAAAGCGAAAAAGGGACAGAGCUUUUGGUUUCUUGGACACAUUUGGGUUGGGAACUACUCUGGCUCAUCCUGAGGAUUUGGUAGAGAUUAAAGUUAGUGAAGUUGAUGGUGCUGCUUCUGCAGAGAUCUGCAACAUCCAAAUUAGAUCAGAUGAGACCAAAGUCGGAAACUGGAUGGGACCUGCAAUCAAAAUGGCUCUGCCGAGUUUUAGUGGCAAUACAAAGUACAACUCAAACCUGCUCAAAUACUCAUGUCACCUCCACUGCAGGGUGAGGCCGGUGAGACCUGCGGUUGUAUCAGGGGCUUUGGAAGAUGAGACAGAAAAUUUGUCAGAACGUAAUCAGACAUCACAAGAGUCGCUUGAAAAUGAAAGGCGGUUAAGCAUAGCUGUGAUGCUAUCGAAACCAAUCAUAGCUCUUCAAUUCAAAUGCUUAACAAUGCAAGUAGAAGCUCCUGUUGUAAUUUACCCUUCAAAGUAAACACAACACUCAAAUUCCAAGAACACACAGCUUCCUUCCUACAAGAAUUCUUCAGGGAGAGGAUGACCGUCCAGGAACGCCUUGAAUAGCACUAGUGAUCUCUCAGGCUGUGAGAAUGGGACCUCGUGUGCAGCUCCUCGCACUGUUGCAAAUGACAGGACAUUCCCAUAGACUUGGGUCCAUCCGCCAACCUGAAACACCAAAUGCAAUGUGUUAGUUUUGCUUUCAUCGUUCUUUUCAUAUCAAAGAAUGUUGUUUAUGUACCUGUUGUCCUGCAAACCAGACUCGAUAUGGCACAGUUGUUCUCAGUCCCAAUUGCUUGGCCAAUCUGCUCA